GAAGCAUACGAUCUGCUCUCCUCGCGCUCUCGCCUCGCAAGUGCUGCUUUUAUUCUUUUGUAGCAUGCUCAUGACGCAAUGACCCCCGACUUACCUUAAUCUCCCCGCAAACCCCUUUACGCGUCUUUCCGGCGCGACAUUCUCGAGAUCACGGACGCCGAGCACGCCCGCAUACACCGCGCACCGCGAACAUGUACCUCCCACGAAACCUUAUAGCGCACCUCUACCAGAACCUCAUAAAGCGAACCCACGCUGCAGCCCCACCUGUGCUCCUCCUCGUCGCCCUCGAACCGGACGCGCUCUGUGCGUGUCGAAUACUCACCGCGUUACUAAAGCGCGACUACAUACCGCACAAGAUACAACCAAUUGCUGGCUAUGGCGACCUAUCACGCGCGGCAGAUGAGCUGGUACGGCCUAUGCGGACAACGGAGGGCGGGAGUGGGGGUGUUGUCGUGUGCUUGGGUGUUGGAGGCAUGAUUGACAUGGAAGAGAUUCUGGGUAUGGACAUGGACGAGAAUGGUCAGGGAGGCACCGGAGAUGUUGAGGUCUGGGUUCUCGACGCCAGACGGCCGUGGAACCUGGCGAACGUGUUCGGUACACCCAUCAGCGAGGACUCGACAACAGGGGAACUAGUACGGCGGCAACCUGGCGUGGAGAAGGGCAGGAUAAUGCAGUCAUACAAUGGCCUAAGAGGAGGUGUUAUAGUUUUUGACGAUGGAGAUAUCGAGGAGGAGCUCCAAGCAGAGAGGGAAGCCUACUGCGGACUCGAAGAGAUGCCAGAGGUAGGGGAAGAUACUGGUUCAGACGACGAGGCGGACGACCACGAUGAGAACGCACCGGCUUCUGGGCAGGCGCAAAAGAAAAGAAAAUCCUGGAGCGACAGAGACGACUCGGACGAGGAAAUGUCAGAUGACGACCGGCCCCGGCAGAGGAUACGAAGCAAUUCGGGAGGCUCGAUACCCUCGUCUCCAGACCGAAGGCCGGCGCGUCGAGGUCUGAUGAUUGAGAACCAGCUUGGCGGAUCCUCGGACUUCUCACGGUCAGAUUCGCGCAGCCGCUCAGCCUCUCCAUCGAUAGUACCGCCAAAAGAGAACUCCGUCAAGAGCUUGCGAAAACAGCUUGUGAUCAUGCGGAACAAGUACACCAACGUGCUCGACAAGUAUUACCAACUCGGCGCCUCGUAUGCGGAACCCGUUUCCUCGCUCGUCUACGCGUUAGCUUCAGAACUCGGCCGUGAAGACAACGAUCUCCUCUGGAAUGCAAUAGUGGGUGUCAGCAGUCUGGAACUGUAUGGCCGGACGGGAAGCGGCGUCGGAUUGAACCCCCUCUCGACAGCUGGUGGAUCUGCAGGCUGGAAUGGCAACCGAGGAGAGCAGAUCCGCUCAGUCUUCAGAGACGAAGUACGCCGACUGAAUCCCGUCACAGACCCCCAAGGCGUAGCACGCGACGCAAGUUUGGGCGACGCGAGCGGUGUGAUCCCCACAAGUGCACGAUCAGCAACAGACAAGUCGAUACGGCUGUCGCCAGAGCCACGGUUCCUCCUAUUACGGCAUUGGUCUCUCUACGAAAGCAUGCAACACUCGCCCUAUCUAUCUGCAAAACUACACAUGUGGAGUGAACAAGGGCAAAAGCGGCUGAACAAGCUACUGGCAAAGAUGGGUGUUUCCCUAUCUGAGUGCAAACAAAACUACACACACAUGGACAUGGAGCUCAAACGCGGGUUAAGAGAACGACUACUGAAGUUCGCGCCACAGUAUGGGCUUGACGGUCUAGUGCCUCCACCACCGCGAGGCGGUGACAUGAAGGACGGAUGGGGCUUCGUGCGCUGCUGGGGCUGGAAAGCCUGCCUCUCCGCAGUCGACGCAGCCGUCAUCCUCGGCGCCAUCCUCGAAGUCGGCGACGCAAGAUCCCUCGCCCAGUCCUCCUUCGAGCCGACAAAUUUCGUCGGCACCAACGAUCACGGCGACACGACUGCAGCUGCAACACAAGAAGAACAAGACGAGGCGCAGGAACACGUCGUAGCCCGCUUCUGGACCGCCUACGACGCCCUCGGCCAAAUCGACAAGCUCGUCCAGCACAUAUCCACAGCACAGCACCUCCACCGCGCCAUCCUCCGCACAGGCACCGCACUGAUCGAAAAGAAGCAGAUCCGCCAUCUCCGCGCCUUCCGCAUGGCCGUUGUAAAAGAAGGCCCCGACGUGCAACUCUUCACACACCCCGGCGCGCUCACCAAACUCGCCCUCUGGAUCGCCGAAGCCAUCGUCGAGCUCAACGGCACAAAGGGCAAGAACCGCGGCUCGGAGCUCGUCAUGGCCGGCCUCGACGACAGCCGCGGGCUCUACGUCGUCGUCGGCCUGGGCGGCGGCGGCGCCACCGAGUCCGCCAAAGAGCGCCUGCUGAAGCGCGACAGGAAAGCCAAGCUCAAGGAAGACAGGCGCGCGAAGAAAGACGCCGAGCUGCAGAAGCGCAGGGACGCGCGGCGGCUGCGCCUCGAGGCCGCGGGGCUGGACGAAGACGAAGUCGAAGACGACACCGAGGACGACGACGACGAGUCCGACGACAGCGAGAGCGACGACGACGACGGCCCGGAGGCGGGCGCGGGCCGCAACCGCUUCGGCAAUGCGUUCCAGGAGGUCGUGCGCGAGACGGGGGCGCGCGUGCGCAUGGACGCGUUCGAGGCGUGUGUGAUUGAGAUCCGGAAGGAGGAUCUGAGCGGGUUCUUGGAGCGGCUGAGUAUGAAGGCCGUUGUUGGGUAGCCGUGCGGGUGCACGCGAGGCGGGGCGAUGUCGAUAUACUUAUGGUUUGGAUAGGGAGGGCGCGGGAUGAUGUGACAUGACGUGGUUUGGUAUGGCAUGGCAUGGUAUGGUAUGGUAUGCGUGGCGAGGCAACGUGUGGACUGGACUACCCCCCGUGGCGUUGUAUUGUUUUGGCAUAUAGCAACCCGAUGAUCUGCGGCGUUUUGGUUGAGCAUAGCGCAUCAUAGCAAGCAAAUGUAUUCCCAUCUCGUAA